AUGGAAAAUUCGCUCCUCAGUGCUGAGGUGAAAGAAGGAGAAAUUCUUCCACCUACAAUCCAGAAACUAAUGAAAGGAUAUAACAAAUAUCUUCGACCCUUCUUUGACAAUGGGCCUGUCAGUGUUGGAAUGAGCCUGGAUGUUGCAAGUAUUGACACAAUAUCAGAAAUAAAUAUGGAUUAUACUGCAACUAUAUUUUUAAGACAACGAUGGACUGAUGAACGCCUGUGCUUCGACGGCAAUAAGAGUUUGAGCUUAGAUGGAAGACUUGUAGAACUGCUUUGGGUUCCUGAUACUUUCAUAGUGGAUUCAAAGAAAUCUUUCCUUCAUGACAUCACUGUAGAAAAUAGACUUAUAAGAAUCUUCCCCAAUGGGACAGUCCUUUAUGCAUUAAGGAUAACUACCACUGUUGCCUGCAAUAUGGAUUUAACAAAAUAUCCAAUGGACAAACAGACAUGUACCCUGCAACUAGAAAGCUGGGGUUAUAACAUCAAUGAUGUGAUGUUUUACUGGACAAGAGGAAAUGAUUCAGUCAGUGGGUUAGACACGCUGCGUUUAGCCCAGCACACAGUGGGAGAUUAUCACACAUCAGUGUCAGAAGCCAUUUACGAGACUGGCCACUACCCCAAAUUGGUUUUUCACUUCAAUCUCAAAAGAAAUAUUUUGUAUUUUAUUCUGGAGACCUACGUGCCAUCAAGCCUGCUUGUUGUUCUAUCAUGGGUAUCGUUCUGGAUCAGCCAGUCUUCAGUUCCUGCACGAAUCUGUAUAGGAGUCACAACAGUCCUUACUAUGACAACACUGAUGCUGGGAGCCAGGGCCUCCCUACCCAAUGCUAACUGCUUCAUCAAAGCCAUUGAUGUGUAUCUGGGCAUCUGUUUCAGUUUCAUUUUUGGGGCUUUGAUAGAAUAUGCAGUGGCUCACUUCUGCAGUCUUCACCACCCUGACGCUUCCAGUCUGUUAAUGUGUUCAAUUCUCUGCUCUUUGUAUGGACAUGAACUAAACAAGAGAGAAGAGGACAUGAAUGGAGUUGUGACAACGAUUGUGAGCAACUCCAGACAAGCAAAAAUGAAAGAGGAUGCUUCAGCUGUAAGCAACUGCAGCCUGUCGAACAGCGACAUAAAAACUGAAGCCAAGGAGCAGAAGAGCAAGUGCGCUAAAGCAUUCUACAACGUAAAGAAACGGGUUUGUUUUUUAAACUGCUGCCGAAUUGGAAACCCCCAUUACAUUGACAGUUAUUCCAGAAUGUCUUUCCCACUUUCAUUCAUAUUUGUGAAUCUGCUGUACUGGGUAUAUUACCUUUAUUUUUAAGAACUGUUAUACAAAAAACAAAAAAAUAGCUGUUUAGAACUCAUACAGCAUGUGACCAACAAGCCGCUGUACAAAAAAUGCAAAAAAAAAUGCAGCCUACAUUUUAGCAGGGCCCAAGGUG